CAGGCCCCCGCUCUCCCCUCCUUUGGCCAGAUGUAUUUCAACUCCAUCAUCUCGGACAGCACCAAACUCCUGAAGCCCAUCCUGGUCUUCGCCUUCGCCAUCGCCGCCGGCGUCUGCGGCUUGACCCAGAUCACCCAGUACCGCAGCCACCCUAUCGACGUCUACGUGGGCUUCCUCAUCGGCUCCGGGAUCGCGGCCUACCUGGCAUACCACGCGGUGGGCAACUUCCAAGCGCCGACUGAGAGGGCCCCGGCCAACCCCCCCACCAAGGACGCCCUGCGGGCCCUGACCCAGCGGGGCCACGACUCGGUGUACCACCAGAAUAAGUCGGUCAGCACGGACGAGCUCAACCCCCAGACCCGGCUGGACGGGGUGAACCGCCAGGUCCAGCGGGAGAAGAACUCUCUGGGCAGCCUGAAACGGGCCAGCGUGGAUGUGGACCUGCUGGCCCCCCGCAGCCCCAUGGGCAAGGAGAACAUG